AUGGCCGACGAUCAGCAGCCUUCAAUCCCGGCGCAGGUAGCAACACUGGUCCUCAACAUCGCCAAUGGCCGACACAAGCUCUCCAAGGCCAUCCCGGUGGUCCUUUUCGUCCUCGAUGCGCUUCUUUGUGCAGCCAUUAUCUUGAAAGUGCCUUACACCGAGAUCGACUGGGUCGCAUACAUGGAACAAGUCUCCCAAAUCGUUGCCGGCGAACGCAAUUACAGUAACAUCUGGGGCAGCACCGGUCCUCUCGUCUACCCAGCCGGACAUGUCUACGUUUAUACCGGGCUCUACUACCUCACCAACGAGGGGAAGAAUAUUCUUUUGGCACAAUGGUUAUUUGCAGGGCUCUAUCUGGCGACUCUGGCCGCUGUCAUGGCAUGCUACUGGCAAGCAAAGGUGCCCCCCUACAUGUUCCCUCUCCUGAUACUUUCCAAGCGACUUCACAGCAUCUACGUUCUCCGCUGCUUCAACGACGGCGUUGCCGCCCUUUUCAUGUGGCUCGCCAUCUUCUUCCUCCAGCGCCGCAACUGGGUCAUGGGUUCCAUUUUCUACAGCCUCGGCGUCAGCGUCAAGAUGACCCUGCUACUCUCCCUGCCCGCCGUCGCCGUGACCCUCUUCCUCGGCCGGGGUCUCUGGGGCAGCCUGCGCCUCGCUUGGAUCAUGGCCCAAGUACAGGUCGUGAUCGGCAUACGCUUCUGGCCCGUCAACCUCCGAGGCUACGUCGGGCGCGCCUUCGAGCUGUCGCGCAAGUUCCUCUUCCGGUGGACGGUCAACUGGCGGUUCGUCGGCGAGGCGACCUUCUCGAGCCAAAACUUCUCGCUCGCAUUGCUGGGAGGCCACGUGGCCGUCCUGUGGCUCUUUAUCGUCACGCGGUGGCUCCGGCCGGCGCAGCGGCCCCUCUCCGCCAUGAUCCCGUCUUUCCUCCAGGCCAAGUCGCCCUUCACGCCCGUCGAGGAGGCCCAGGUGUCCGGCUACGUCACGGCUAAGUACAUCACCACCACCGUCCUGUCCGCCAACGUCAUCGGCCUCCUCUUCGCCCGCUCCCUCCACUACCAGUUCUACGCCUACCUCGCCUGGUCGACCCCGUACCUGCUCUGGCGCAGCGGCAUCCCCUUCCCGCUCGUCUACCUCCUCUGCGGCGUGCAGGAGUGGGCCUGGAACGUGUACCCCAGCACCGAGGCCAGCUCGGCCGUCGUGGUCGCCAUGCUGGCCAUCACGGUGGCGGCCGUCUGGUUCGGCACGGCGAACGAUGCGCUCGAGAUUGCGCCGCUCCCCAGGCCUUCUUCUUUGAAGGUCAGGCCCGAGAAGAAGGAGCGGUGA